AUCGUCCUGUGACGAUUGUGAAAUGUUGCUCGAUCUAUUACACACUUCGUUUCUAUUUCCUUUCAAAUCUAUUCCAUCGGCUAUUCCCACUGAUUGAAAAAAAAAAUCAAAUUCUUCUUCAUGGAACUAAUUAACCUUAAAGUUAAUUUUCUCAGAAGAUGUACAGUCUGGAUUUACCUGUGAUAAUUUAGCUUGUAUAAGAUAUAUAGAAACCGAAAGAGGAACACGAUUGCAGUCAGCUGACGAGUCCUAUGCUUAGCUGUGUCCUCAUCAUGAUGGACAGCCUUCAGUGAACCUGGAUCCCAAUCGACGAUGACGGGCUGCGCUCCGCUCAUAGCGGCGGCGAUUGAUUUCGGGACUACUUUCUCUGGCUACGCCUUCUCCUUCCGCCAUGAUUACGAUAGAGAUCCACUCAAGAUAUCCUCCAAUAGUUGGAUCGCAGGAGGAGGGAGCUUAAUGUCACAGAAGACGCCGUCCACCCUUCUCCUUGACUCAGAUAAGAAGUUCCACUCAUUUGGAUAUGAUGCUGAAAAUAAAUAUUCGGAAUUAACUGAAAAUGAAAAUCAUCAUGGUUGGCUGUACUUCAAACGAUUCAAAAUGUUACUGCACAAUAAUAACGUGCUCCGCCGGUCAACGAUGAUACAAGACGUGAACGGCGUGUCGAUGCCCGCCAUGACGAUUUUCUCAAUGGCGAUUCGAUACCUCCGGGAGCACCUCCUAGAAACUCUUCAUCGUCAGAUGGACGGCUUCGACGAGGACAUGAUUAGAUGGGUCCUGACAGUACCGGCAAUCUGGAGCGAUGGCGCCAAGCAAUUCAUGCGGGAGGCAGCCAAGGACGCCGGUAUUCAGAAUCACCAGCUCACAUUGGCCCUAGAACCCGAGGCUGCAUCGCUGUAUUGUAUGAAGCAACCGAUGACCAAGCUUGCCACGGUAGACAAAAAAACGUCCUACGUCGAAUUUGAGAUCGGCACCAAGUACAUGGUUAUCGACAUUGGAGGCGGGACAGUUGAUAUAACUAUACAUCAGAUCCUGCCGGGUAAAAAGAUCCGUGAGAUACAGGCAGCGAGUGGUGGAUCUUAUGGCGGAACCAAUGUGGACAGCAAAUUCAAUCAGUUUCUGGUCAAGCUUUUCGGAAACGACGUUCUUACCGAGCUUAAGAACGAAUGCAUGCAAGAUUACCUGGACUUGUUCCGCGACUUCGAGAUAAAGAAAAGAACAAUAAAACCGACAUCUGAAGGCCGAAUCAAUUUCCGGUUACCCUACCUGCUGAUGGAAAUAUACAAGAAAACGACUGAAGAGGAGCUGACUGAGUCCCUUGCAAACUCCUCCUUCAGUAAAACCGUGGUCGUGCGUGGUGACAAAAUGUUAGUUGACGUAUCUGUCUGUAAAGAUUUUUUUAAAGAUGCUUGUGAAGGCAUAGUCAAAAGUGCAGAGCAGGCCCUUCAAACCGCCAAGGAAGUAGACAUUUCUAAGAUCCUACUAGUAGGGGGCUUCUCCGAGUCGCAGAUGAUACAGACAGCAAUCCGAGACAAAUUUCAGGGGAUAACCGUCGUGUCAACGGCAGAUGCCGGCCUAGCCGUACUGAAAGGAGCAGUUCUGUUUGGGCACGAACCGGACACCAUCAAGUCAAGGGUGAUGAAGUUCUCGUACGGUGUGGAGGCUAACGAGCCGUAUGAUCCAGACAUCCAUCCUGAUAUCUACAAGUUCUGGCAGACACCUAAAAGUAGAUGGAUGUGCCGGCACUGCUUCGACUCAUUCGUGAAAGCAGGGGAUGAGGUAGAGGUUGGUAGCACCAUCACUAACAACUAUGGACCAGAAGAAAAGGACGCGACAGAGGGUAUCGGCAUUUAUGCUUCCACGCAAGACCCAAAGUUUAUCACCGACUCCUCUUGCUCUAGACUCGGUGCGAUUUACAUCAAGAUGCCGAAUGGAGGAUGGCCAUUAGACGCCAGCCUCCAGGUAGAGAUGAAGUUCGGAGGAACAGAGUUCACGGUGACAAUAACUGACGAGUGGUUUGGAGAUUCGUACACAGAUUCAUUUGAUUUCCUAGAAAAAUAAGCUACCAACAUCCAACUGUUGAUAAGAAAAAUCUUUUCAAAUCCGAAAACACUAUAAGCUUUCCACGAAUGGCAUUGGAUGUACCACGUGUAAUACGUCUAUGACCUCUUGUGAUGUCAUAAAAUGAUAAAGAAAAAACAAACUCUUCGAUUACAUCAUGAAGAAUGUUUAAUGUACAUAGAGCAAUGAAGAAGAAAUUUACGACUUUAAAAAUGGUAUGAAAAACUCGAUGUUUUUGUUCGUCAAGAAUUUAUAUUUGGCCGCGCUAAAACAAAAAAGUCCUUAUUUAUGAGAAAUACAUAUUCUUGUUACUA